CUUUAGCUUCUCAGCAAACAGGCCUCCCAAGCUCUUGCCCCUCCCUCUCGGGCCUUUCUAGCUCCUCACCAGCUUUAGGGCUCAACCAGGCCUCCUGCUCCUUCCACCUACCGCCUCCCACAGACCAGCAGACAACAGGCCUCCUAGGCUAUUCCUGCUCACUCCCCUGCCCUACCCCACCCAUGGAGGCCCCAGGGCUGACUGUGCACGGGGAAGCUGCGCCCUUUUCCACAGCACUCCGAAGCCUCAUCAACAACCCCCUAUACAGUGAUGUUCGCUUUGUGGUCGGUCAAGAACGGCAGGAGGUGUUUGCCCACCGGUGCUUGUUGGCAUGUAGAUGCAACUUCUUCCAGCGACUUCUGGGCUCAGAGCCGGGCCCCGGGGUGCCUAGCCCUGUGGUACUGAGCACCGUGCCAGCUGAGGCCUUCCUGGCAGUUCUGGAGUUUCUGUACACCAACAGUGCCAAGCUGCACCGCCACUCCGUGCUGGAGGUGCUGACAGCGGCUGUGGAGUAUGGGCUGGAGGAACUGCGAGAGCUGUGCCUGAAGUUUGUGAUGAAGGUGCUGGAUGUGGAGCUGGUUUGCGAGGCCCUGCAGGUGGGUGUUGCUGGACAGGCUUGCAGGUGGUCCCCCCGUGGAGGGCCGGGCUACAUGGCCCCUCCAGUCUCAACCCGACCUCCCUCAUUCUGCUCUCAGAUUGCCGUAUCUUUUGGCCUGGGACCGCUGCAGGAGCGCUGUGUAGCUUUCAUAGAGGCCCACAGCCAGGAGACCCUCCGGACCCGUGGUUUCCUGGAGCUGUCGGCACCCGCGUUGCUGCUCCUGCUGCGCAGCGACAAGCUCUGCGUGGAUGAGGCCGAGCUGGUCCUGGCAGCCCGGAGCUGGGCGCGCGUGGGCGCGGCGGUGCUGGAGCAGCCUGUGGCCGAGGUGGCGGCCCCGGUGGUGCGGGAGCUGAGACUGGCCUUGCUGGCUCCGGCAGAGCUGAACGCCCUGGAAGAGCAGAACCGGCGGGAGCCGCUCAUCCCGGUGGAACAGAUCGUGGAGGCGUGGAAAUGCCAUGCUCUGCGGAGAGGGGAUGAGGCCCGGGGCGCCCCGUGCCGCCGCCGGAGGGGUACCCUGCUCCGGGAGCAUCAUCGCUUUCUGGACCUGCCCUUUAAGUGACCAAAUGCCGCGACUUGCGAGGAAUUCUGGGCCUCUCCUAAACUACAGCUCCCAACAUGCUCCGCGCUCGGAGCGGGUUUCCGCUCCCAGAAUGCCCGGCUAGCGGGGCGCGGAGGGGCGGCAGCCUGACACGCGCAGGCGCUGUGGGUGAGGUUCCGGGGGAGGGCGGGCCUGAGCGGCGAGUCAAUGGGCUGAGCCUUGGUUUCAAGGCCCUCGGUAAGCCGGGAAGUGGGUUCCUUCGCGCUGUGCUCUGGCGUUACAGCUGGCCCUUGGGCACUCUCGCCCGCCCUGUUUACUCUUUUAAUUCCCACAUAUUGUUUCAGCUCAGCCCCUUCUUUAACUCCAGACCUGCCUCCUGACGAUCUCUCUCUGAAUGUCCCACAGACACCUCAGACUCAAUCCAAAAUUGAGCUCGCCCCCUCAUCUUUCUCCAGUUUUACCCCCAUCGUGUUUCUCAUUUCCGUGGGUGCUCGAGCCAGAAGUCUACCGCCCAUCCUUGCUUUAUUCCUCUUCCUCACAUCUGCCUCCCGUGGCUUCUGUCUUUUAAGAGGCUGAAAGUUAGCAGAAUAUGCCACCCCAAAAUAUGCCUUUUUGGCAUAAGGUUAUUUUAAGCUGAUUAUUUUGAGAAAAGGGAGAAGUUUUGAAAACAGAGAAAUUACCCUUUUGUAAGGGAAAUUUUUAGAAUGGAAAUCUCCAUUUGUAAGGGUGUCUCCCUUUCUGUACCAGGAUGACUAACAGGAGAAACUUCCAGUGAAGUCAGUGAAAUCUGCUUAAUAAAUCUUAUCCUUGCUUUUCGUGCUUUUUCCUGAUGGCCUUCCUAUAAGUGGCCCCCCCACAGUUUUCUUUCUAUUGUUGUUAGCUGAAGGAGGUAUUUAAGCAGGUAUUUUAGGCCACCUCAGGGAGUUACUCAUUUUCCCCUGUGUAUCUCCCAUGUAUACAUGAGAUAUACAUGCUAAUAAACUUCUGGGUUUUUUUUGUUUUCUCUUGUUAAGAUGUCUUAUUACAAAGGUCUCAGCCAAGAGCACAGAGAGUAGAGAGAAAAUUUUUUUUCCUCUCCUACAAGAUCUUUCCAGUUGGUUCAGUUCUCUCAGCUCAGUUCAGCCAGUCCUAUCUGUGGCAGGAAUCACUGCCACAGGCUCUUAUUAAUCCUCCUGCCUUCACUCCAGCAGCGACCCCCUCCCCAACCAUUUCCCACACUGCUGCCAGACUUGUGUAUUGUCAGCCCUACUCUCCUUAUUAAGUUCCUCAACAUUCCCACUGCUCUCAGUACAAAAUAAAAUCUAUUUCACUUUUAGGGAACUCAAAAUUACUAGUGGUUCCAAACAUUAGCAACUCUUUUCUCAACUACUGCCUUUGCAUAAAUUCACUGGUCCUGAAGGCAAUGGUCCUCCAGCUCUGGAUUUACUUUCUUGGUUAUUGAAGACUCCCCAUGCUCCCCUUUCAUUUGUUACACAUUUUUGUCUUCUUGAGAAUAUGAAUCUCCCUGGAGAAAGAUCUCUGGGGCCUGGAGUGGUGCCUUAUUCAUUUCUACUUCCCCAGUCCCUGUCACAUAAUCAGUGCUCUGUAAAUGUUCAGUGACGACUUUGCUUUCUUACUUAAAUGUUAUUUUAUUCCAUUAAGGUACUAUCAGUGUGCGGCUUCCCUGG